UGCACAUUUCCAUUCGCUUUAUGAUAGGGCAAUGCCGUAUUCGUGCACCUUUGUUUGUAGAAAGAUGUAUACGAGCAUACGGGAGUCCGGAGUUCAUCAGCGGGUGUUAACUCUUGCGCAUUGCACUUGCAUGUGUAGACUGUACGUGACUUGACCGACUGAACCUGGCCUGUCGCUUUUGUGCUGCACAAUAAAAAUGGUGAUGUUCGAAACAGGCUGAUGCGUGGCAGAUUUUCUGUGGGAAGAGUUGCCUCGCCCCAUGCAUUGGCCAGCAUAGUUGAAGAAGGCUGGUGCUCAACUUUCCUUGCUGUUCUACGAGGAAUGCAGUAGAUCACCUAAGCUUUACUCUCAGCUGAUACAUUUUCCAACUUGCUAUCAAGAUGGAACUGGUCACAGGGCCAUGCACGGCGACGAUCCUCGGGACCUGCAACAAACGAUCGUCCCUCAGCAUGUCUUUGGAUGCCGAAGGUACCAGCGAGGAGGUUUCCAAGCCAAAACUAAUGCUGCAGGCCGCCACGCCUGAUGCCUCGCUGGCUUCCUCUGGUUUGCCAUCAUCCGUGUCGUCGGUGGGGUCUCAGAGGAGGAGCGAGUCCUUAAUGCACUUGCAGGAGGGCGGAUCGACUGGAUCGUCGGACAGUGAAAUGAACUCAUCAGAAGAGUCUGAAGGUCAAGAUGUAUUCAGCAGUGCUCCAAGUGGUUCACCGCGUGUCAGAUCUUCCGAAGACGGUGCAUCGGACCCGGAAUUGGGCGAGCUUGUCAGUGGCGAACAGAGAACAGCUCGCAUUCUGACAGCCGUAGAAUUUUAUUUCAGUGAUGAACAUGUGGCCAAGGAUGCCUUCAUGUACAGACACAUCAUGCGUGGGAAAGGAGGCUUCGUGAACAUGAAGCUGGUUGCCUCAUUCCGCAAAGUAAAGAACAUCACAAAGGAUUGGAUGAUUGUACGAGAUGCAGUCCGCUCAUCCACUAUACUGCAACUGAACGAGGAAGGUACCAAGGUGAAGCGUCUUGUAGCGUUCUCCCCGACAAUCAAUCCGCUCGCCAAAUGUGUUAUGGUCUACAACCUAGGUUCAAAACCUUCAAUGGGCGUUGUCGAGCAGCACUUAGAGCAGUAUGGCCGCAUCUGCAAGAUUUCUAUUUAUUUUCCCGGUCAAGCCGUACCCAAUGAGGUACGCACCCAGCGCUCCCGUUUAGAAAUCGCCGCUACUGAGCCGCUUGCCGUCGUUGAGUUCUCCACAGCUGAAGAGGCCAGGAGGAUUAUUUUGCAGAUUCAGCAGGCUGCGCCAAGCUCCACGCCAUCCAUCAAGGUAGCGUUGCUCAACUUGAAAGGCGGUAGCAUCGGCAGCCAUCGGAUGGAUUCAUGCAGUGGUAGUGAGAACGAGCCGCCAAUGGCUCCGAUUGCCAGCACACGGCGCGAUCAGGCAAACGAUGAAGAGCACCUCCUGGGCCAUGCCACCAGUGGUGAUGGCGUUCCCGACAAGUCGUCCCAGGGCUCCCCGGGCAGGCGGCGCAAGAAGAAAACCCGCUUGCAGCACCUGGCGCGAGAUGACAACAGCGGCACGUCAGACACUGGCAGCGAAUGCGGCAGCAGCAGCAGCAAUUCUAAAAUCCACCAUUCACGCAGCAAUGAGGGAGCGAACAGUCCAUCGUGGAGAUCCAAUAGUUGCAGUCCCUUCUCUUCUCCCAAGCCAAAAUCUGUACCACACCUGGAGUCCCAGAGCUCCUCUUCUUCUGCUGGUAAACCAACAAACGCAGCAGCCAUUCGUAGGCUCUGGUCGCAUAACAACACAUCAUCCUCAUCAACUGCAUCGCAGAAGUCCCUCUCCUGUGAUGGCAUCCUUCGACAGCCGCAUGGUCCAUCCGAGAAUGGGUUCACGAUGCAGCAGCGUCGCCUCUAACAGCACAUCACCAGCGUCUGAGAGAUGACAAGCCAUGGGUACGAUCGCCCAGAGCGCCUCCAACAACGGUGGGUCAUUCUGGUCGCCUUGGUUGUGUUUUGUUCUUGUCUCCCGUCUAAAGUACACGCUCCUUUCUCACCUAACAGUAACACUACCCAAAGUGCGAUGAUAACAUCCACAGUAUGGCCAUGCUUCUAGCUGUAUGGCCACGCCUGAUAACAUAUAGAUAUUACCUGGAGAUUGAGUAUUCCCCAGUGCAUCAUCAUCUACUUACUUACCUACAUAGUAUUUCCUAGACAAUUUGCCUAGUUACCCCGACCUUACCAGCCUAUUUACAGACACUAUACUUGGAUAAUUUUCAUUGGCACGUCCAGCUGCCAUCCUCUUUCCACUUUGUCUCAGCGCUGCUCCCUCUGGAGAUGGUGCUCAGGCGGUACCAGUUUCUCUCACACCCGCACGCACCGUGCGUUUUUGUAUUCUUGAAAAUUACUCCCUGAACCUAGCCCCUUGUUCACUCACUACCCAGAACUUACUCGUACCCCACUAUUCUACUUUGUCAGGCAUUUCGUUCUUUGUUUAGGAGCUGUCUUCAAAAGUUUUAACCCCUUCUUGUGCUGAAGAGUAGCAUUGCAUUGUCUCCUCACCAAGCUUUUUCUUCCCGCUUUUUCUUCUCUCUCUCUCUCUCAUGCUUUCACAUCUCUUAUUCUCUCUCUUGCACUCUCCUCCGGUUGGUUUUGUUCCGAUAACCUCUGGACAUGUGGUGCAAUGUCUUGAGCUGGCCUCUGCUGCUAAGCAUGCCUACAUGUGGUGUUGGUCUACUCUCCAAGCUCGUAGUUCUAGGUCAGAGUGGCCAUUGUUACGGUCACAGUUUCAAUUCAUGCUAGGUUUUGAAUUUCCUUCUCUCCCUAACCCGCUUCUUAUUUUCUUACUGUAUGUAUUACUUUCCCGUGCACGCCACUUUCAAUAUUAUCCUUGCACUCCUGCUUUCGGCACAAUAAUAACGAACUUCCUUCU